GCGCCGGCAACGUCACCGACCGCUGCCAGCACAGCUGCUGACGUCAAACCGGUGACCACGACGUCACCGACGGUCACCAAAACCGACGCCAAAGCGGUGACGGCGACAUCACCGGCCGUCACCACAAACACCAGUGAGGCCAAACCGGUGACAACGGUGACACCGAGCGCCCCCAAAGCCGCCGCUGACGUGAAACCGCCGGCAGCCACGCUGAGCAACGAAACGAAACCGGCGCUGCCACAGCAGCAGCUCCCCAAAGCCGCGGCGCCGAGCGUCGCCACGACCGGCACCGACGUGAAGCCGGCAACCGAACCACCACAGAGCAGCACCAAAACCACCGCCGGCACCACGCCGGUGCCACACGGCAGCCCCAGAGCCAGCGGCGUGACGGUGACACCGCAGAGCGUCCCCAAGGCCACCGCCAACACCGCGCCGGCGACCCCAACGCCGCCACAACAGCCCAUCCCUAAAGGCGCAGCCAGCGCCGCGCCGCUGACACCACCACCACCACAACAGCCCGUCCCAAGGCCCGCCGCCAACGCCACGCCGGUGACGCCGCCACCACAACAGCCCCUCCCAAGGGCCGCCACGCCGGUGACGCCGCAACAGCAGCCCGUCCCCAAAGCCACCACCAACACCGCGCCGGUGGCGGCGGCGCCGCCGCAACAAACCGUCCCCAAGGCCGCCAACAACACCGCACCGGCGGCGGCGACGCCACCGCAGCAGGCCGUCCCCAAAACCACCACGGAGGCCAAACCGGUGACGCCGCAGCCCAUCCUGAAGGCCAACGCCGCGCCGCCGACGCCGCAGCAGCCCGUCCCCAAGGCCGGCGGCACGGACACGGCAACACCACCACCACCGACCGCCCCCAAAGCACCGUCGGACACCAGAGCCGCCACACCCGGCGUCCCCACCGAGCCGCAAAAGGUGCCGGCGACCCCGCAGAGCAUCGCCGACGCCAAACCGCAGCCCAGAGCGUUGGCAGCACCCAACGACGCCACGCCGGCCUCGCCGUCGCCGUCCCCCAACCCCAAAUCCGCACCGCCCGCCCUCCCCAAACCCGUCCCGCUGAUGGCCGUGACCCCGCAGAUGGUGACGGCACAGGUGGUGAUGGCACAGAUGGUGACGGCACAGAUGGUGACUCACCUACCGCCCGCCAAACCUUCCCCCAUCCUCCCCAAAGCGACGCCGAAAAUGAUGACGCCGCCGCCGCCGCCACCGGGCCUGCCGCGGGCGCUGGCGGCCGCCAAGCUGCUGGGGUUGCCUUCCUCCCCGGUGGCUUCGGCAAUGCAUGGCAAAGUGACGCCGCGACCGCUGCCGGCGUCGCCCGUCCCCAUGGCCGCGUCGCCCGCGUCGCUGGGGCCCGACGCCGCCAGGGUGGCCCUGGCAGCCAACAUGGCAGCAACCAACAUGGCGGCAACCAACAUGGCGGCCAACAUGGCGGCCAACAUGGCAGCGGCCAACAUGGUGGCAACCAACAUGGCGGCAACCAACAUGGCGGCCAGCAUGGCAGCCAACAUGGCGGCAACCAAUAUGGCAGCGGCCAACAUGGCGGCCAGCAUGGCAACCAACACCGCGGCGGCACCGGGAGGCAAAAUGGAGGUAGCUGGCGGUGCCCAUCCGUCCCCCAUUGGUGGGGUCACGCAGCCGGCAGCUGGCACGCAGGUGUCACCCAUGGGUGCUGGCGGUGGCGCGCAGGCGUCGGCUGUGCCUGCCGGUAGCGCCGCCCAGCUGUCACCCAUGGGUGCUGGCAGUGCCGCCCAGACGUCGGCUGUAUCCGGCGUCACCGUCACCCAGAUGUCAGCUGCGUCUGCCGGCAGCGCCGCCCAGCCGUCACCCGUGGGUGCUGCCAGCGUCACCCAGGCGUCACCCGUCUCCGCUGGCAGCGCCGCCCAGACGUCACCGCUUCCCACCGGCAACACCGCGCAGGCGUCACCGCUUCCCACCAGCACCGCCGCCCCGCUGUCACCCGCACCCACCGCCACCACCACCCCCGUGUCACCCAGAGCCACGGCACCCCAGCCGUCACCACCGCCCGCCACGGAGACCCCCAAAACCGGCGUCCCCACGCCAACACCACCACUGACCGCCGCCAGCUCUGCCGCCGUCACCGCGUCGCCUCUCGGCGUCACCACAGCGUCUCCCACAACCGCAGCGGUCAGCCAGCCGUCACCCGCCGUCACCCAAACCGCCGCCACGGCGGAUGUCAGCCGCUCGUCACCCGGCCCCGCCGUCACCGAAGCGCCGCCUGUAGCCGCCGCCGCGGCCACCACCGACGUCCCCAAGCCGGCCACCGUAGACGGCACCCAAUCGGCCACUGCAGCCGGAGCCACCACCGCUGACGGCGCCGUCCCCGCCGAGGCGACGCCCGCCAAGGCCAAGCGCAGCUCCUCGUCCUCUUCUUCGUCCUCCUCUUCCUCUUCUUCCUCUUCGUCCUCCUCCUCUUCCUCCUCGUCCGACUCGGAUUCCAGCUCCAGCUCCUCCGAGUCCAACCCCGCCUCCCCAGCCCCCAACGUGGGGGAAGGGCAGCAGCAACAGUGAGUGAUUG